UGUACUCUGCCUCCAGUCUCCUGGUGCUAUUAAACGACUGGAUUCUCCGAAAGGAGCUGCAGCAAAGCCUGCCUGUGUCACUGACCCAGCAGAAGCUGCUGACCUGGCUGAGCGUGCUAGAAUGCGUGGAGGUCUUUGCAGAGAUGGGGACAGCCAGGGUGUGGGGGAAGAUGAGUCGGUGGACUAUCAUUGUCCUCAUCCAGCUGGCUAAAGCCAUCCUUCGUCUCCUGCUCCUGCUCCGGUACAGAGCCGGCAUCCAGACAUCUCCUCCCAUUGUGCCGCUGAACAGGGAGCAGCAGCAGCCUCUCCACCCCCAAGGCAUUGAAGACAACUGCUCAGAGAAGGAUCAGACAUACGUUGGCAAGCGUUCCAGCCGCGUUGUGCGCUCUCUCCAGAGCACCCCAUCCCUGCAGUCCCGGCACUGGGGAUCCCCCCAGCAGAGGGAGGAGUUGCAGAGCCGAAGAGCGGAGGAGAUGAACCAGCCUCCCACCCCUCUGGGUCUCCAAGCAACCAUUGCAGAAUCCCUCUACAUUACCUGCCCUCUGCUUCACCUAUUGAGUUUAGGAGUGUGGGGCCAGAGAUUGUGGAAACCCUGGAUCCUCUCAGCAGUUGUGGACAUCUCAAGUCUGAGCUUGAUGAGCAAUCUGAAAGACCUGAACAGGCGAGAGCGAGUGGAGCUGAGGCGACGAACCCUCCUGCUGCUGUACUACCUGCUGAGAUCUCCUUUCUAUGACCGAUAUUCAGAGGGCUGGAUCCUCCACCUUCUGCGUUUGUUGACUGAUCAUGUGCCUGGAGUUGGCUUUGUCACCCGGCCACUGAUGGAUUACUUGCCUGUUUGGCAGAAAAUCUAUUUCUAUAACUGGCGUUGA